GUUCGGUUUCCUCUCCCGCAGACAGUGGUCGCUGCACGGGCGGAUUGGGAUGGAUUUAAAGUACGGGAAAUCACUACGUUAUGCAUUUCAUAAAAUCUUUGCUUCAUAGUUGUGGAUCUUAUUCUUUUGAAAUCGUUUAUGAUUUGUUUACUCACUCUUCUCUGUUAAAUACGUAAGAACGGCAGACGAUACGGCACUAGAACGCAUCUUGUUGUUUCUAAAGGAGGCCGCGCAGGCCUCGGAGUUUCCUGAGAUUUUGUGCAGCAUGGUGUGCUCGGCCCACGGGACACUCGCGCCCUUAAACACCCGGUGCCCUGCCAUAGUGUGGACCUAGUGCCCAGUUUGACUGCAGUGCAAAGAAUUCUCUCCUACAAUUCAUCAGGAGCUGUUGCCACUGCCGGUGUUUUUAAUAUACAACAACAGAGCCGAGACUGGAGAUAUACCACUCUUAAGUAAAGCUGGCGACUGUAGUUGUCCACAGAGGCAGUUAAGUGAACUGUGGUGCCAGUCUUAAAGAGAAGCAAUAUUACGUAAUUUCACUGACAUAGUUGGCCAGAGACUUUAGAAUGGCUUCUGUUCCUGUUUACUGUCUGUGCCGUCUCCCUUACGAUGUCACCCGAUUUAUGAUUGAGUGUGAUGUCUGUCAAGACUGGUUUCAUGGGAGUUGUGUUGGUGUGGAAGAGGACAAAGCAGCUGAUAUUGACCUGUACCACUGUCCUAACUGCCAGGUGACACAUGGACCCUCUGUUAUGCGUAAACGACGGGGUGCUUUUAAGCACUCUGACUCUGGAGGGGGGAGAGACUCAGGACGACCUGUUAAGACAGGAAGCGCUCAGUUUGUCAGGGAAUUACGUAGCCGCACUUUUCCCAGUGCUGAUGAGGUCCUGCUGAAGCCGACAGGUGCCCAGCUCACAGUUGACUUUCUAGAGGAACGCUCUUUCAGUGUCCCAGUCUUGGUUCUCAGGAGAGAUGGUUUGGGCAUGAAUCUGCCCCCUCCCUCUUUCUCUGUAUCAGAUGUUGAGCAUUAUAUCGGUGGUGACAAGGAAAUUGAUGUGAUUGAUGUGGUCCGCCAAGCAGACCUGAAGAUGAAACUGGGAGAGUUUGUGGAGUACUAUAACAGUCCAAACAGAGACAGAGUGUUGAAUGUGAUCAGCUUAGAGUUUUCAGACACCAGGUUGUCAAACCUGGUGGAGACACCAAAGAUAGUGAGGAAGUUGUCAUGGGUGGAGAACCUCUGGCCUGAGGAGUCUGUCUUUGAGAGGCCUAAUGUGCAGAAAUACUGCCUGAUGGGGGUGAAGGACAGUUACACAGACUUUCAUAUUGACUUUGGAGGAACCUCUGUGUGGUACCAUGUACUCCGGGGUGAGAAGAUCUUUUACCUCAUUCGUCCCACACCUGCUAACCUGGCCCUUUUUGAGUGCUGGAGUUCAUCCUCCAAUCAGAAUGAGUUGUUCUUUGGGGACCAGGUAGACAUGUGCUACAAAUGUUCACUUAAGCAAGGAAACACCCUUUUCAUCCCAACAGGGUGGAUCCAUGCUGUUCUGACACCUGUGGACUGUCUGGCAUUUGGGGGAAAUUUUCUUCACAGCCUCAACAUUGACAUGCAGCUUCGUGCGUAUGAAAUUGAGAAGCGACUGAGCACAGCAGACUUAUUCAGCUUUCCAAACUUUGAGACAGUGUGCUGGUACGUUGGUAAGCAUCUGCUGGACACAUUCAGAGGUCUGAGAGAGAAUCGACGACAUCCUGCCACUUACUUGGUCCAUGGAGCCAAAGCACUCAAUAAUGCUUUUCGCACCUGGACACGGAAAGAGUCCUUGGCUGAGCAUGAACAUGAGAUACCGGAGACCAUAAAGACCCAGCAGCUAGUGAAGGAUCUGGCUAAAGAGAUUCGCCUGGUUGAGGAUAUCUUCCAGCAGAACAUUGGCAGGAGUGGAACACCCUUCGGUGGAUCACAGGGUCUUCCCUCUCCUCACCCCAAAGCUCUAUUAAACACAUCCCUCACUUCUGGCCGACCCCCAAGUAAAAAGAAAGGCCCCAGGCCAAAGGAAGUAUUUGGAGGAGGAGGUCUGCUCCCUCCAGGAGCUAAGAAAAAGAGCCAAAAAGGUAAAGAGAUAAAGACAGAAGCCGGAGAGCUGGACUUGCUUGAGAUUCAUACUAAACACACUCUCAAGAAAUUCCAACCAGGAUGCAAAGUCAAAAAGAGCAAGCUCGAGCUGUCUGAUGACUGCCUAGAUGACUUUGAAGAGAAGAUCAACAAGAGCAAGCUCAAACUUGUGCUCACUAAUGGAAAGAUACAAGGGAAGAAGGGUCGUGCUAGCAGUGCAAAUGGAGCAGGUAGUUCACUUCAACAGUUCCAGCCUCACAUGAGUACCUUGUCUGACUUUGAUUCAGAAGAUGAGCUUCAGAUUGAUGAAACCCCACCACCUCGCCGUAGACCAGCUCUACCUAGCAAGAAGAAAUUAGCAGGUCUACCAAGGAAGCUACCUCGGGCCAAACCAUGCAGCGACCCCCAUAGAAUCCGUGAGCCAGGAGAAGUGGACUUCGAUAUUGAGGAGGAUUACACCACAGAUGAAGAGAUGCUUACAGUGCAGGGUGUAAAAGGGGGAUCAGGGGGAAUUUUGGACUUGCUCAAGGCAAGCAAACAGGUGGCUGGUCUAGAUUCUGCACUGAGUGAGGAAGCACCAGCUUCCCCCAGCACCCGUGAUGCUAUCCAGGGCAUGCUCUCCAUGGCCAACCCUCCAUCCUCCUCAUCUUCUUCCUCAUCCUCUUCUCCUCUAUCUGUCUCUGGAGGGGGCGAGAUGCUGGGGCUCAUGAAGGAGAAAGGAGGGAGAGCUGUAUGGGUAAGUGGUGGAGUCAAGAAGAGUGAAAAGAAGACCGCCUUUCAGAGACCUGGGAAACGGCCCAUCAAGCGUCCUGCACGGCAUCUCAGUGAUGACGACAGUCUUGAUGAACAGGAGACACUGGGUACCUGUUUUAAAGACUCUGAUUAUGUGUAUCCAUCAUUAGAAUCUGAUGAGGAGGACCACAUAAGCAAGUCCAAAAUGAAAAGGAAACGAAACUGGGAUGAUACUCCUUGGAGUCCUAAAGCCCGUGUUAUCCCCACACUGCCCAAACAGGAGCGACCAGUGAGAGAGGGUGCCAGGGUGGCAUCUGUAGAAACUGGCCUUGCAGCUGCUGCUGCCAAAUUGGCACAACAGAAAACCAUAACCAAGAGAAAAUACACAAAGAAGAAGGUCCCUCAAGAGAAGGUACAUUCUGCAGCUACCCAGCUCCAGCAUCAGCCGGACUCUGCACCUGUGUCUCCUACUCUGCCUACUGAGCCUCCUAUGGACUGCAUCAUUGAGGAGAGGAGAGUGGAGGUGUACUCUGCCAGUCUGCUGGACCACGAAUACACAGCAGGACCAGGUCCGUUCAGCCCAGGGGGCCCAAGAGGAAGCGGCGCCAUGGCCCCUGGUGUGUUCCUGACAUCAAGGCGAACCUCACUCUCUCCCCAAAACAGUAGCAGCCUCCCUCCCUCUGCCCUCUCACCUGGAGGGCUGGCAACACAGACAUCAGCAGGAGUAUGUCAAGGGAAACGUCCAAAGAAAGGACUUGCCACAGCUAAACAGAGACUAGGAAAGAUUCUGAAAAUACAUAGAAAUGGCAAGCUUCUCCUGUGAGAGGUCACUGUAGAUGGAUAAUAAAGACAGGGGACUGUAGGGAACAAUAGAAAUGGAGAAAACGGAUUGAGAGAGAGAGAGGACUACAGCGAUGACUGGACUAAUUGUGGUGUUAAAAUUAUGUGAUUGUUUUAUGGUUAAUAUUCUGCUUGUCUGGAUUUAUAUGCUUCAUAGGAAUGAAAAGUGAAAAGAUUGGUAACUUGCUGUGAGAAUUUAUGAAAGGAAAUCUCAAUUAUGACAUUGUAGAGCAGCAUAAUGUUUUAGAACAGAAAUUCUAUUUGAAGAGCGGUUAGACCUAAAUGGAAAUACAAUUCUGACGUAAACUUUAUUAAUGGAUAGCAGUGAGUAAUUGCUACAAGUUUAUUUCCAUCAUUUGGUCUUCAUUACUUUACCUCUAAAAAUCUCUUAAUUUUAAGAUGCAUACAUGAACAGUCCCCCCCCCCCAAACCCUCUUUGAAUCAUAUUUAUUGAUUUCUGUUUUAACAUUGUACAUUUCUAUAAAAAUAAAUACAUUUAAAAAAAACAAUGCCUAGGAGCGCUUGAUGUUAGACCAAAUUUUCAUUUUCCUAAAGCCACUGCAAACAAAAACAGAUCACAUUGUUCAUACAUUUUUUGACUGAUUACUGGUUUCUUUGAAUAUUGAUGUCCAAAAUUGGUGAUGUGGUGGGUUUGAAUCAUCAUAUGGAUGAUAGGAGUUUAGAUUCUUCAGUAUAGUCAUCAGUUUAGCAAUUUGUGAAUGUCACUCACAUAACUUUCUUAUGGCUAUUUGUCUCCGCAGUCUUAUCUCCUCCUAAAGCCAUCCAUAUUAUUUUUGUUUACUAGCUUCAUGUAGUAUGUUAAUGACAAAUCAUUUUAAACCAUAGAAGGCAAUUUGAUACACCUUUGACCAUUAUUGCUGUAGACUAAGUCUUGUAGUAAUGUCUCUUUGCUUGGUAAAGAAUGUUUUACGGUAGUAUACUAACAGUUUUUUUUAUUAUUAUUAUUAUUAACAAAUGUAUUUUAUAUGUGAAUAUAUUUUAAGUUUGUCUUGUUUUGUUUGUUUGUUUUCCCCUCUGCUUGGGCGAUAUAAAGUUCUGCCACUGUUUCGUCAGGGUUUGAUCUAGUUUUUUUGUUGGGAUCCUCAUGUAUAGUUCCCAAGUAUAGCUGUAGAAAGCUGAGUUCAGAGGUUUUGGGGUACAUUUUAGUAAUUGGAAAAGCAUGAAAACUGAUUUAGUAUGAGAUCAUGGGGGAUUCUGGGAGUUCAGUGUACAUAUUUGGUGUUUUUUUUUUUUUUUUUUUUUUUUUUUUUUUUUAAUGAAAGAAUCUAUUGCAAUUCAAUCUUGACAUCUUGUACAAAAAUGCCCAAAUGUUUUGAGAAGUGUAUGACAACAUAAGAGUUGUUUAGUCAAUUUUAUUUGUAUAGGGUAAAUAUACUGUUAUUUUACAUUGAUGCUUAUGAUAUUACCAAUGUGAUAAAGUUAAUGUAUUCUAUUGCUAUGUCAAUUUGUUUUUGUUCAUUUUGAUUUACCCCACUUAAUAUUAAUUGUAUUGUCAAUAUACUUUAGUUUCUUUAUAUAUAUAUAUAUAUAUAUAUAU